CGCCCGCGACCCGAGAAAAUCGUUCCCGCGGCCAAAAUCCAACACCGCGCUCCCAACCCCGUGACCUCGGCGCAAAGUCCUUUUCGGGCAGGCCUUGAGCGCCGCGAAGGCAGCGCGCGCGUCGACUGCCCGUGCCCUGCGCUAAGCUCGCGGAAAUUUCAGAAAACAUUCAACGAGGUCCAGAGCACGUGCUUCCAGCAAGAAUCAGAGCCCAGAACACACGCCAAACGCACCCUUUCGCGGAGGGAGGCAAUCUUCAGCAUGCCGUCUUUGACUCUACUCGAGUGCGACGGCAGCGCAGCGUCCGCUGCGCCACACGAGCUAGUGCAGCACGUGUUCGGCUCGCGGGUGACAGCGGAUGGGGGCGAAGAUUGGGAGGAGGAGAGUGGAAGAUUGGGGGAAGGGUAGAAUUGAUUCGGGCGCGUUCCUUUGCGCUGGAGAGCGUAUUCAGCCGACAAGCGCGGUGAAUCGAGGCCAAGAUGACGUUGCGGAAAAUUUUGAGUCGAAGGCGGAGCGGGCCGCGGAGGAUUACCG